CUACUAUCCAACUUCAAGUACCCCAUACAGAAUCGGGGUAAACGCUCUGCAAUCCAAAUUCAAUACCCUUCACGAAUAGCUGCAUACCGACUGUGGCCCAGCUGCAUUGUAUUUAGACUGUUACAGCACCCAGAAACCUUUUGCGACAAACUACCUACGCGCGCGGAGUCAUUCGAUCUGAGCUGGACAUCCCGCUUCCAAACAUCACCAGCCUGGGUCGCAACGUCACAAUCGUCAACGACAACGGGGCACAAUGGACGCUACCAUGGAGGAUGUUGGUAGAGUGGUAGAGCCCACGCGAUUAUCGCCGGUGUCUGAGCCUACUUCUAUAUCUACUCUUGACGGCUGGAUUGAGAGCCUGAUGACGUGCAAGCAGCUUGCGGAGGUGGAUGUCCAGCGGCUCUGCGAGAAGGCGAGAGAGGUUCUGCAAGAAGAGUCGAACGUUCAACCAGUCAAAUGCCCAGUUACAGUUUGCGGAGAUAUCCAUGGCCAGUUCCAUGAUCUGAUGGAGCUGUUCAGGAUCGGAGGACCGAACCCCGAUACAAACUAUUUAUUCAUGGGGGACUACGUUGAUCGUGGAUACUAUUCAGUCGAAACCGUCACCCUCCUUGUUGCCCUCAAAAUCCGCUACCCUCAACGCAUUACCAUCCUCAGAGGAAACCACGAAUCCCGCCAAAUCACUCAGGUGUACGGAUUCUACGACGAAUGCCUCCGCAAAUACGGCAACGCGAACGUCUGGAAGCACUUCACAGACCUCUUCGACUACCUACCACUCACAGCCCUUAUCGAUAAUCAAAUAUUCUGCCUUCACGGUGGCUUGUCUCCAAGCAUUGACACCCUGGACAACAUCAGAGCGCUUGACCGCAUACAAGAGGUUCCCCAUGAAGGGCCAAUGUGCGACCUUCUCUGGUCCGAUCCAGAUGAUAGAUGCGGAUGGGGGAUAUCCCCUAGAGGUGCGGGGUACACGUUCGGACAGGAUAUCUCAGAGGCUUUCAAUCACAACAACGGCUUGACAUUGGUUGCCAGAGCUCAUCAACUUGUCAUGGAGGGUUACAAUUGGUCUCAAGAUCGGAACGUUGUCACCAUAUUCUCUGCACCAAAUUACUGUUACAGGUGCGGUAACCAAGCGGCAAUCAUGGAGAUAGAUGAACAUCUCAAGUACACCUUCUUGCAGUUUGAUCCAUGCCCAAGAGCCGGAGAACCAAUGGUUUCACGACGCACCCCAGACUACUUCCUGUAGAUUUCGAGUCCAGAAAAUAGGCAAUGGAGAAUAGAUCCCCUUAAUCUUGACUCUAAAUGGGCGCGAGGAUUGGUGUACGGGACAGAGUCACAGAGACACCCUCACAGUGCUGUACAAAUCACCGAUUAUAGGAGGGUUUGUAACGUAGAAAUACGUCCCGCCACCACUGCGUUUUGUGCUUAGUAGAGAUACCUAGACACAGUUUUUAUGAAUACGAGAAUAAUAC